AUGCAUUCUCUCCUUUGCUUCACACCACAUAUCGUCUAUCUUCCCGUGCACAAACGUCUUCCAGAAAGCGAAUGUCACACCGUUUGUGCCGAUGAUAAGGUUGGCGCAUGUGGAGACUCUGAGAAAUACCGAGUGAUCACCAUGUAUAGGACAAUUUUUAACCAAAAAUGUUCCGAAAUUCUACAUUCAGACGCCUCCAAGGGCAUAACACCGAUUGCAUAUGAGAAACUGCGCUCCGAGCGGAUUCAGCACAAAUUUGCUCAAAGUUCGGCACAGGGACGAGAUGUGGGUCUGGUUCAAAAAAUUUUAUUCAACAUUUAUUUAUUCAAAACUCUUCUAAUCAUAUUUAUUCCUUAUCGUAAUCCAACCAUUAUUUUUCCUUUCUCAAGUCGCUUUCUUCCCACACGCAUACAAUCUCGUUGUCGAAUGACACCAUGUAUCAUCCAACAAUCCAUGCAUGAAUCCCUUCCACACUUCAUAUGCUGUGACCCCGUUUCUACCGAUGGAAAGAACGACGCAUCCGGAGAUUCCAUAGACUCGAUGUACAUCCUUAUACCCAUAUUCCAACAUAGGAUUUCCUGCUUGCCAUCCGAAUCCAUCCGUACCAUUCUGAGUGUGUCCAUCGGUCCAGUAGAAUGA